AUGCAGGGGCAAGCUGGAAGAGCUGCUGGCGAGAGAUUUGAAGGGGGUUGGCAACCGAUGUUUUAUAGAGGGAGAGCUGCUGGUCCUAGACGAAGUGGUCCAGGCUUGAAGCUGUUUUCCAUUUUUGUUGACAACCUCCCGUAUGAUAUGGAUCCUAAAGGCAUGUUUAUUAUGUUCUCUAAGUUUGGAGUGGUGAAGCAUGCCUACAUAUCAUUUAAGCGCAACAAAGUGGGAACAAGGUUUGGGUUUGUCCGGUACGAGUGUGUAGUGGCAGCAAAGAUGGCGAUCCAGAAGGCAAAUGGGGUCUGGUGUGGCAAGAAACAACUGAAGGUAAAGUUUGCAGACUAUGAUAAUGAGAAGACUUAUCAGAGAUCGGUGUCUGGAGAAGCUCAUGAGAAACGUCUAAGAAUGGAAGGCGUAGUAGGGGAUGGCGGUAAACCAAAUGCAUCCAAUGUGCCUGUCCGAAAAGGCAUUGCGGUGAGUACAUGUAGAGGAACAAAAUCGUAUGCAGAUAUAGUGAAGGAAGGGGGGGUGAGGCGGAUAAGCUGUUAA